AUGGCAGAUCAACCGGCCCUCGCUGCACACUUGCAGCAUGGCAAGCAGCUGUUGCAGGAGCUCCCCAAAGUGGCCCAGCACUCCGAUCGAGUUCUUUCCGUUCUUGGGAUGAACCCAGCAGCUUAUAGCCUCCAGGGCACCAACUGCUAUCUCAUUGGCCAGGGGACGGAGCGGCUGCUGCUGGACACCGGCGAAGGUCGACCUGAGUUUCUGCAAAACCUCUUGCAGGUCUUGCGCCGAGAGGCCUGCAAGAUCACCAAUGUCGUCCUUACGCACUCCCAUGUGGAUCAUAUCGGGGGCCUGCCAGGCUUGCUACAAGCGUUUCCGGACCUCCUUCUUUGGCGAUGUCGUCCGCCCAGUCAGGGUCUCUCUUUUGGUCGCUUGGGCACGGCUGAAGAUGCCACAGAUCCUACUCUGACCUUGGGCAUGUGUGGAACCAACGUGAAGCUUCUGCAGGAUGGCGACAUCAUCAGGACAAAGGGGGCUACCCUUAGAGCUCUUCACACCCCCGGACAUGCCAUUGAUCAUCUUUGCUUCUGGCUGGAGGAGGAACAGGCCCUCUUCACAGGAGAUCAUAUCCUGGGCACGGGCACUGUGAUUGUGGAUGACUUGAAUGCAUAUCUCUCCUCCUUGCAGCGGCUCAGCGACCUGAAGCCCUUCCGGAUCUAUCCGGGACAUGGGCCCAUGUUGGAGGGCCCAACGGCACUGAAUCGACCGGGGGAGUACAUUCAGCAUCGGCAGCAGCGCCUGAAGAGGGCAUUGGAGUUGCUGGAAAGCUCGGGGUCUCAAGCCUUGGAGCAGCUGCUGCGUGGAGUUUAUGGCUCUUCGCUACCUUCGGAUGCCUUCCUGCAACAUGCUGCCCGGAGGAAUCUGGAAGCAUCGCUGGAAAAGCUGGAGACGGAUGGUCUCGCCAGGAGGCUGGUUGGUAAAUGGACAUCUACGCGCAAGUUGCCAGCUUCCGGCUACGGCACAACAUCCAUCUCCUUGCGUGGCCUGCUGCAACGUGCACGCCCCAGAUGGACUGAGAAGGAUGUGGCGGCUGCAGAGGCUAAGCUACGAGCCAACAUUUCAGACAGCAAGAUGCUGCUAGAUCAGCUCCAGCGGGAUGAGUUGAACCAACAUCUCCGAAGCGCAGGGUUCCGCGUUUUCACUGCCGAUACGUUGGAGGCGUUGCGACAGGCGGGGCUGGGAUCACUGGAGGCAAAACCCGAAAAUGAGCGUUCUUGA